AGAAUAUUUUUUCAUUCUUGAUUAGAUCCGGUUACAUUUUAGACGAAUUAGAUUCUGACACUCAAUUAUGAGUUUGCCAGAAAAAUUUUAUAUCCUUAGAGAAUAAUUAGUUGUUCAAGAAAAUUCGUGUUUUAUCAGAAAAAAAUUCCAGAGGCGACCUUCGCCAACGCAAAAUUUUGGAAAAUGUUUCGCAAAACUUGCUUGACACGAGAAAUAUUUGAAAAUGGAACUUUUUAAUUCGCUGAAGAGAGAUCAACAGACAGAAUAUUUCUGUACUACCUAUGUAUUGAAUUGGGAGGAAAAUGCGUGCCAUAAAUACUCAGAUUAUUUUCGUUAUAUUCACUAUCUUCUUCACAUUCAUCAAAAAUGAGCCAUCAAGCGAAGCAAAUAUCGAAUGCGGAACAACUGAAAUUCAGUGCGAUACUUGCGUUCGACUUCACAAAAUACGAUACAUUUGGAAUAUUAAUAAUUUAGAUUACCACAGACCAGAAGGAGGCGAUAAAGUUUCCAUCAUAUCCCCUACCUUCUCAGCUACCACAAAGGAUGAAGUAAAAUGGUUUUUGGAACUUCUACCAGGCAACAGUUCAACCGAUAGCAUUUCUUUACAAAUAUGUCUGAGUCCCGAAAGUAAAGAAACACGAGUCAGGGCAAAGUUUAGCGCAGUAUUUUUAGACGAUGAACAACGAGUACUGUCGACAUACGGAGAUGACACUAUUUACGCAUUCGAUAACCUCGGUGAGUACUGGGGCUGGGAUGAUAUUCCCAUCGAUGCUGUAAUUUUACCCGACGAUAAAUUAAAAAUCGUAUGCAACCUAACAUUCUGCGAAUACAUCAAUCAUCUCGUCCAUCGAAAUAACGCGAGUAACAAUCUUACCACCGGCAUCUCACAGCAGUCACAUUGUGAUCUUUGUCAAGAUUUCAUUUCGUUGUUAAACAACUCGGAAUUUUCGGACGUGGUACUUCUGACGAAAAAUAAAGAAUACCCAGCUCAUAAGGCUAUUCUAGCUGCACGUAGUCCAGUUUUCGCAACCAUGUUUAAAAAAGGCCAAGAAAGUGGUAAAAAAAUUAAACGAGUUGAUAUCACAGAUCUGCGGGAUGAAAAAACUGUCGACGAAAUGCUCAGAUAUAUUUACACCGGGAAAUGCGAAAAUAUACGAGAAUUGGCCGAUGAUUUAUUAACAGCUGCUAAUAAAUACGGUUUGAGUGGUUUAGAAAAGAUGUGCAUGAAAACGCUAUGCAAGAAUUUAACCAUCGAAAACGCCGCGAAUAUGCUGCUUUUAGCUGACAAACAUCAUGCAAAUGAGUUAAAACCGAAAAUUAUUCGGUUUAUCGCAGAAAAAUACGUCCAAGUGUCGAAUACAACGGAUUGGAAACAUAUAGCUCGCACGAAACCGGAAUAUAUUCACGAAGUAUGCCAACUUUUAUUGGAUAAUGAUGAUAAGCAUUGAGAGGAAAAAUCCAUCGAGAAACAUUAGUAGGUACUUUAGUGGUCAAUUAUUUCGUUUUUUAUUUUAUUCAAUACAGAAUGUUUCCAAAAAUAUUGAUAUUUUCAUAUUUCUAUAUCAUGCACUCAAUUGCCUAAUUUUUAUAACCUCCUUCAAAAAAAAAUCAAAUUUUCUUUAGGAAAAUAAUGAUCAAGAAAAAUUAUAAAAUAUGUAGAUACAUAUGUACCUAAUAGAAAAUUCCCAGAAGUUGAUGAAAAAUUCGCUAAACUUACAUACGUAGAACUUAUAAAAAUCAAAGUAAAAAUUAACUAUUACAUAGGUAACCAAAGAAAACAAUUUUUAAAAAAUAAUUGAAAUGUUUUGCAUAUAAUUUUAAAAAAUUGAACUAUAAAUUUAAAACUUUUUGAUGAAAAAGCGCGAUUUUUUGACAAUUUUUAGCAACAAAGUGAGAAUUUUUGCAACUUUUGGCGGAAAUUAAUUUUUUGCAAAAUAAAGCUAGACCUUCCAUAAUUUUAACAAGAGGAAGAGCUUUUUGGCAAUUUAUGGCUAGAAAGAUGAGACUUCGGGACAAUUUAAAAAAGUCAGACUUCUGGGAUUUUUUUCUGAGAAACGGAGAAUUUUUUACAAUUUUUGGCAAAAAAAAGCUGGGAAUAGUGACGGAUUAACCAUAAGUGGACAAAGCGACCGCUCAAGGUGGCAAAUUUUGAGGGGCGGAGAUUAGAAAAAAAAUUAAAAUAAUUAUUACACGUAGGAAAAAAAACAUAUUAUUCAAUUCUCUAAAAUAGGAUUUAUAUGACACAAAAAUAAAAAAUGUAACCCUCAACACUGCAAUAGUUCAUCAACAGUGACUUGAUCAAAACAGGAGGAUGAAAGGGCAGUCUCCUCCCGCUCACUGGAUAAAAAUUUGUAAUCAACUAAUGAAAUAUGCAAAAAGAAAUGAUUUUUGCUUUCUGAAGCAAUUUUUUCGAAAAAUUCUCGCUGUCGCUUCACUCGAGCAUAAUUCCUUCUUCCGAUAAUUAAAAUUUUUCAGAAAAUUUCAACAAAAUUCACCUUUAAUUGUCAUUACGCGAAAUGUGUUUUUUUGUCUCAAAUUUUUUCCCCUGCUUUCUGACCUCUUUCCAUCCAAAAUGUUGUGGUGGGAGGGGGUGGAAAAUUAUUCUCAGUCUAGGAGCACAAAAUUGCUAAUACGCCACAGAAGCAAGAUCGACAGUUUCAGCAAAAAGCAGAACUUUUUGGCAUUUUGGCAAAAAAGCGAGACGUUUUGAUAAUUUUCGAAAAGAAGUAAAAUUUUUAGUAAUUGCGAGAAUUUUUUCAAAAAGCAAAAAUUUUACAACUUUGGCAUAAAUUCAGCAACGCUUGGGAAUCGGCAAAAAAUUACAAUUUUUUUCGAUAAGUGAGACUCAAUUGGAAUUUUGUUGGGUAAAAGAACGACACUUUUUUGAAAUUUUUGUCAGUUUUUGGCAAAAAAUAAGACCUUUAUACAAUUUUUGGAAAACAAUAACACUUUUAGGAAUUUUUUGACAAAAAAAUUGAUACUUUUUGGCAAACUUUGUUGAAAAUGGGAGGCUUUUUUUUAAUUCUCCGAUUAAACAGCGAGACUUUUGGCAGUUUAUGGCAAAAGAGCGGCAUACCUACCAAAAAUGUUGAUGAGCAUCAGUCUAUUACUUUGGGAAAUGUU